AUGAGCUCGCUAAUGAAGCUGAAAGCGCAGAACGAAAGCCGGUUGGCGGAAGAGAAGCGUCUGAUAGAUCGUCGAAGGAACGUCCUCGUCAUGAUGCAACAACACUGCACCGAGAACGGGUAUCUGCAAACAGCUGAGAAGCUCCAGCAAGAGGCAGGUGUCACUCUAUCCAAGUUUGAAGUUGUUGAGAACAUUGAUCUACUGCGUAUCGUGCAAGAGUACGAAGACUUUCAAGAGAUCAAGUUUGGUAAACGCCCCAAACUAGUUCGUCGAUUGUCGCCUGAUGUACAGGACAGAGCUCGAUCUGGAAACGACAUGAAAGCGGCAGCUUCUGCCAAACGGUUGCGCCGUAAUGACUACACAUCGCCACACAUGCCAACAGAGGCGCGAGUGGCGAACAAUGUUGCGAUGCGAGCUGUCCCCAUCAAUGGCAACCACGCUAACAAUAUAGCAGCACAAUCUGGUUCUACAAGAACUAACAAAGACGCGAACCAGUCUCCUGAAGAUGAUUCAGCUAUCGAUCUCGGCCUCGUCGGACAAAACCCGGCGCAGAACCGGAGCCGUAACUCCAAGUCUGACGACUCCAAGAAAUCCGAGCCCGUUGAUAAGCAGCAAUACGAAGAAAGCGUUGAGGAGCGACUUCUGAAGCCUUUGCCUUCUUUUUCUCACGACGCGGAACUUCGACCUUUAGCGGAGACCAUCACACGCGAGAUCUUCCAGAAAAACCCGGAUAUCCGAUGGAACGAUGUUAUCGGUUUGGAGGAGACCAAGCGUUUGUUGAAAGAGGCUGUCGUCAUGCCACUUAAGUAUCCACAGUUAUUUCAAGGCUUACUCUCACCCUGGACUGGCAUAUUACUCUAUGGCCCACCUGGAAAUGGCAAGACAAUGCUGGCCAAGGCUGUGGCAACUGAGUGUCGAACCACUUUCUUCAACAUCUCUGCCUCGUCAAUCAUUAGCAAGUACCGGGGCGACUCGGAGAAGCUUAUUCGAAUGCUGUUCGAGUUGGCACGACAUCAUGCGCCGUCAACAAUUUUUUUGGACGAGAUUGACUCGAUCAUGGGCCAGCGAGACGGUGGAGGAGGAGGCCAAGAGCACGAGGCAAGUCGACGCAUGAAAACUGAGCUGCUAAUCCAAAUGGACGGGCUCGCCAAGACCAGUGACGUCGUCUUCGUGCUCGCAGCCAGUAAUUUGCCAUGGGAUCUUGACGCGGCAAUGUUGCGACGACUCGAGAAGCGCGUGCUAGUAGAUUUGCCAUCGGUGGAAGCUCGCCGGGCGCUGUUCACCUCGCUGCUGGAGCCCUAUAUCCCAAAUACCUUCGACUUUGGCCAAGCUGUGAAGCUGACAGAAGGGUACUCUGGCGCUGAUAUUAAGCUAGUAGCGAAAGAAGCUUGUAUGGCUCCCGUACGUCGGCUAAUUGAAAAGAUGGAGGCCACAAUCAGCGCUGAAGCUUUGCCAGCAGGCAGCAACCAAAGGUGCGACGCAUCUGCCGCUGACUGGAGGGAGAUGCUGAGCCAUGUACAGCCAGAGGACCUACUGGCAGCUCUACAAAGAACCAAUCCAUCGGCACAGCAGCUACGAAGGAGAUAUGAGCAAUGGCAGAUCAAGUUCGGGUCAACGUAA